AUGAAGAUGUUAACCGUUGUAUGCGCCGACCGCAGUUGCAAGUGGAUGUUACGUGCUUCUACUGUGAGGCAGUCUGCAAUCUUUGUGAUCCGUAAAUUCAAUAAUGUGCACACAUGUUCCAUUGACUUUUGCAUUAAUGCGCAUCGACAUGUGACGAGUGCUGUAAUUGCUGAGCAUAUUUUCGAAAAAUUGGAUAAUCCGAACCGAUCGUAUGAUCCGAGCACUAUUGCACGUGACAUGGAACGUGAGCUCGGUGUCCAAAUAAGUUACAGCAAGGCACGUAGGGGAAAGGUGGCCGCUUUACAUAUGCUGCAUGGGACACCGGAGGUCAGUUUUCAGAAAUUAUCUUCAUACUGUCACGUACUAGGUGAGAAUAACCCGGGGACGGUAACCCACAUCGAACUUGAUUCUCGCGAUAGAUUCCAUUACUUCUUCCUAGCUUUUGGUGCAAGCAUUCGUGGUUACAUGCAGUACUUGAGGCCCGUAGUUUGCGUUGACGGUAGUCACUUGAAAGGUCCAUACAAGGGUACACUUUUACUGGCAACUGCCCAAGAUGCGAACAAACAGAUUUAUCCCUUAGCGUGGGAGAUUGUGGAUUCCGAAACGAACCGAUCUUGGUUGUGGUUUAUGUCUAAUUUGAAAGAUCUUAUAGGAGACUCAGAUGAACUUGUAUUUGUUUCGGACAGGAAAAGAAGUAUCGAAAGAGCUAUUACUCACUUAUUUCCUUUGUCUCGUCAUUGUUGUUGUAUGUGA